AUGCGCCCUCUCCUCACCCGCGGCACACCGCUCACCCGCAGCCCUGGAAGCCGUUUGUUCCGUUGCCCCCGUUAGGGUGGUUGGCAAUCAGUGUACCUGCCCGAGAGUCAGAGAGGACUGCUACCCUGGAUGCCUGUCAUGUUGCGCCCAUAGGAUUAUGAAGGAUCAAGGAGAGUUGAUUAGACAGAGGGAGAACAGCGGACCCAGUGCUUAUAUACAAGUGAGCCAGCUACCCGGCCCAGCUGUGAGUGACAACAUUGCUGCAGUCAUGAGCCUUCAUCCUGAGUAUCUGCGAGUCUUCUGGGAGACACAGCAACAGCUUUUACGCAUGGAUGGACCAUUGUCCCUCCCAGAGAGACACUAUGUUGCCAUAAUGGCAGCUGCACGCCAUCAUUGUGUCUACUUGGUUUCACUGCAUUCAACCUAUUUCCUUCAAGUUGGUGGGGAUCCUCGUUGGUUGGAAGGCCUUGAUUCUGCACCCCUCAAACUGCGCAGACUUAAUGAUUUAAACAAGAUCCUUGCUCAUAGACCAUGGCUUAUAACCAAAGAACACAUUGAGUCUCUUGUGAGCUCCCGAGGGGGAAACUUUUGGUCUUUUGCAGAGCUGAUCCAAGCUCUUGUCCUGCUCACCCACUUCCAUAGCCUUUCCUCUUUUAUUCUGGGAUGUGGCAUCUAUCUUCCAGAGGAACAAAAGAUUGAACGCCCCCCUUCUCCUGUUUUAUCCAUGAAUGAGGGGUCAAGCACUCCACAAGAAGCAGAGCGUGUACUGGCUGAAAUGAAGAAGCUGGAUGAGGAAGAACAAGAGACGAGUAGAGAGGAAAUGGAGACAAGAUUUGAGAGGGAGAAGCGAGAAUGCAUUAUGGUGACAUCUAAUGAUGAUAAGGUUCAAUCUACAUGCUCUCCUGGCAUUCUCUGCUUCCUGGACGAUCCCGAGUUUGGUUACAUUGAUUUCAGCAGGAGAGGUGAACAAGCUCCUCCUACAUUCCGUGCUCAUGACUACACAUGGGAAGAUCAUGGAUAUUCACUGCUGCAUAGGCUGUACCCAGAAGUGGGACAACUUCUGGAUGAUAAGUUCCAAGUAGCUUACAAUUUAACAUAUCACACAAUUGCCUCACAUCAGGAAGUGGAUACAUUCAAACUGCGUAGAGCUAUAUGGAACUAUAUCCAAUGCAUUUUUGGAAUCCGAUAUGAUGAUUAUGAUUAUGGUGAGGUGAAUCAGCUGCUGGAGAGAAGCCUUAAAGUGUAUAUGAAGACUGUGACGUGUCACCCAGAAACAGUAAACCGUCAACUAUAUAAUGACUUCUGGAGGGAGUUCAAGCACUCAGAGAAGGUGCAUUUGAACCUGUUACUUUUGGAAGCCAGGCUACAAGCUGCACUGCUGUAUGGUCUCCGAGCAAUCACCCGCUACAUGACGUGAGCCUGUGGAGGAAAGGGCUGUGCCACACGGGUCUGGACCCGCCUUUCAUUGCUGCAUUACUCAUGCAAAUUUGCACACUUUUG